AUGUUCAUCCGCUUGCUUUGCUUCUUGAGCCUCAUGGUUAUGGCGUUAGCUGCGGAUACACCGAUCGCCAUAGUCAGACAGAGCCAAGACAUCAGUCCGGACGGCAGUUUUUCCACGAAAUGGGAAAGUGCCAAUGGCAUUACUUUCGAGGAGGAAGGUGUAUUGAAGAAUCGUGGCCAGAAGGACACCGAGGCCGAAGAAGUUCGUGGCUCGGCCUCGUGGACAGCGCCAGACGGGACAAAAGUCAAUCUUGGCUGGCUGGCCAAUGAAAACGGUGCCACUUUUCAGGGGGCGCAUCUGCCAACACCGCCGCCUACGCAACCAAUACCAGUUCUCAUUCAACGUGCUCUUGACUGGAUAGCGGCUAAUCCCUCCAGAGAUGAGAAGAAUAGAUUAUAG